AUGGUCGAAAGUGGUGUCCCCCAGGGUUCAGUACUGGGACCCAUUUUGUUCCUUAUCUACGUGGACGAUGCCGCAAGAGAUUUGGACUGUGAAGUAGCAAUGUUUGCGGACGACAUGAAGAUAUGGAGUGUAAUUCGUGGUCCUGCCGAUGAAGACAGACUGCAGAUGAACCUGAAUCGGUUGGAGGAGUGGUCAAACCGUUGGCUCCUGCGGUUCAACGUUACCAAAUGUAGCAUACUUCGCCUAGGCAACACAGCCAGAUCCGCCAGCACAAGACGCUACUUUCUGGGCGGUGCAGCCCUACAAGAGGUCGAAGCCCAAAAGGACCUCGGUGUGCUUACGACGAGUUCCCUAAAACCAUCCGCCCACUGUUCGAGGGUGGCAAAAACCGCAAUGUCCGUACUGUACGCCAUCAAGCGUGCGUUUAUGGACUUUGACGACGGCAUACAAGCUUGGAGGCCGUGGGGUGUUGUGGAUCAAAACUGCCUCGAAAGAGUCCAGAGGAGAGCCACGAAGAUGGUCAGGGGUCAAAGCUCCUUUCCUUAUGCGACCCGCCUAGUAAAUCUGAACCUCUUUCCUUUGAGUUACAGGCAACUUCGCGCAGAUCUCUUGCAAGCCUUCCGCAUUGUAAAGGGGUUGGAUUGCAGUCUGGCCUUCGAGGACUUUUUUGAAUUUGCUACCACGACCAACCUCCGAGGUCACCCGUUAAAACAGCGCACUCAGCAGGCACGGCUGGAUGUGCGGAAGUUCUCCUUCUCGGUUCGGGUGGUCAAACCGUGGAAUGAGCUUCCCGCAGAUGUUGUGAUGUCACCAUCUAUAGAAAGUUUUAAGAAGAAUCUGGACAUAUUUAUGUUCCGAAAUGACCAAGAGCGAUGA